AUGAUCUACGAUUGCGCCGAUUGUGAUAAGCUAUUCUAUGCGGGGAGGGUAGCCCGCGACCAGCAUUGUCAAGCGACGGGCCAUGCUCCACCACAGUUUGAAUGCGACACCUGUAACUUCUGCUUCGAUGACGAGCAUGAUCGCUGCGAUCACAUGAAUCUGGAGAUGCACUGGGGCAGAGGCGCGCCCGAGUGUAGAUUCUGCUUCGUUCGUGCUGUGACGGAUGCGGAGAUUAAAGAGCAUCAGAUUACGAGUCAUAGCUAUUGCGCUGACUGUGAUCGUCAGUUUAUGAACUUGAAUAAUAUUCAACAGCACUUGAAAUCCAAGAUUCAUCGCACAACUGUAGUGAACUGCCCGUUUUGCAGAGUACGAUGCGGCACAGCCACUGGUCUGUCCCAUCACCUUGAGCGAGGCUCUUGUCCUCGCAUUCCCUUCAACCGCGAUAAGCUCUACCGAUACAUCAAGCACCGUGAUCCAGCAGGUCUAAUCUCAAACAAAGAAAUUGAGUGGUCUGGAGAGAAGACGUACAGUAUCAACCCAAGAGCCGCAUGGAACCCGUGGGUUAAGGCUUUCGAAUGUUAUCUAUGUCAUAAGCUCUACAUGUCCCUCAACGGUCUGAGGCAACACCUCGAAUCGCCUCGACACCAGCAGAGUCUUUAUCAUUGCUUCAAUGAGUCCUGUAGGAAAGAGUUCAAGACAUUGGCGGCUCUCAUUAAUCAUCUCGAGAGCGAAUCUUGCAGGAUAAUGCGCUUUCAGCAGGUGCAGACUACUAUUUCUAAUAUUGUUGAUGCGCGCCAGCGAGAUACACUCAAAGUCGUGACUGUUAUUUCCCAUCAGGCUGGCAUGCACGAGAGCAGCACUGUUAUGCUACUGGGCAUGAACCUCCCGAAUUCGAAUGCGAAGUCUGCGGUCAUUGGUUUCACACCUACGAAGCUGCUCAAGACCACGAGAUCAAUUGCCAUCUCUGGUGUUCGGACUGCGGGCAAGAGUUUUAUGCCUGGAAUGACAUUGUCCAGACGACAUCGCCAGUCGGGUUCUUGGAUAUAUCAAGAAGGCGUCGAAUGCCCUUUUUGCAGAAAAGACUACCAAACCGCCACUGGUGUUGUUCAUCACCUGGAGCGUGGUUGCUGCCCGUACGCUCCCCUAGACCGUGACACACUCUACCAGGAGAUCAGGCGAAGAGACCCUGACGGCUUCAUCUCCAACAAGUUUCUCGAGUGGCAUGGUACAGUGUCAUACGAAGCGACGGCCCUUGCUUAUAAUCCAGAGUAUGGCCAGUAUGAGUGUUAUCUCUGCCACGACUUAUUCCGACACUUGUCGUCCCUGAACCAGCAUUUAGAGUCGCCCAGACAUCAGCAGAAUCUUUACCACUGCCCGAAUAGAUCAUGCCUGAGAGAGUUCACGACCUUGGCUGGCCUGAUCAACCAUCUGGAGAGUGAAUCGUGCCGGUUCAUGCGUUUCGAGGCUGUUCAGAAUAGCAUCCGAGGUCUUGUGUCUUCGAACCGUUUGAUUGCAUUCUGA